AUGAGCCGCAGAGCCCCGGGGUCUCGGCUGAGCAGCGGCGGCGGCGGCACCAAAUACCCGCGGAGCUGGAAUGACUGGCAACCCAGAACUGAUAGUGCAUCAGCCGACCCAGAUAAUUUAAAAUACUCUUCAUCCAGAGAUAGGGGUGGGUCUUCCUCUUAUGGACUGCAACCUUCAAAUUCAGCUGUGGUGUCUCGGCAAAGGCAUGAUGAUACCAGAAUCCAUGCUGACAUACAGAAUGACGAAAAGGGUGGCUACAGUGUCAAUGGAGGAUCUGGGGAAAAUACUUAUGGUCGGAAGUCGUUGGGGCAAGAGCUGAGGGUUAACAAUGUGACCAGCCCUGAGUUUACCAGUAUUCAGCAUGGCAGUCGUGCGUUAGCCAUCAAAGACAUGAGGAAAUCACAGGAGCGAUCGAUGUCUUAUUCUGAUGAGUCUCGACUGUCGAAUCUUCUUCGGAGGAUCACCCGGGAAGACGACAGAGACCGAAGACUGGCUACUGUAAAGCAGUUGAAAGAAUUUAUUCAGCAACCAGAAAAUAAGCUGGUGCUAGUUAAGCAAUUGGAUAAUAUCUUGGCUGCUGUACAUGAUGUGCUUAAUGAGAGUAGCAAAUUGCUUCAGGAGUUGAGACAGGAGGGAGCUUGUUGUCUUGGCCUUCUUUGUGCAUCUCUGAGCUAUGAGGCUGAGAAGAUCUUCAAAUGGAUUUUUAGCAAAUUUAGCUCAUCUGCAAAAGAUGAAGUUAAACUCCUCUACUUAUGUGCCACCUACAAAGCACUAGAGACUGUAGGAGAAAAGAAAGCCUUUUCAUCUGUAAUGCAGCUUGUAAUGACCAGCCUGCAGUCCAUUCUUGAAAAUGUGGAUACACCAGAAUUACUUUGCAAGUGUGUUAAGUGCAUUCUUUUGGUAGCUCGAUGUUACCCUCAUAUUUUCAGCACCAAUUUUAGGGAUACAGUUGAUAUAUUAGUUGGAUGGCAUAUAGAUCAUACUCAGAAACCUUCACUUACACAACAGGUGUCUGGGUGGUUGCAGAGUUUGGAACCAUUCUGGGUAGCUGACCUUGCAUUUUCUACCACUCUUCUUGGUCAGUUUCUGGAGGACAUGGAGGCAUAUGCUGAGGACCUCAGCCACGUAGCCUCUGGAGAGUCCGUGGAUGAAGACGUUCCUCCUCCAUCAGUGUCCUUACCAAAGCUGGCAGCACUUCUCCGGGUAUUCAGUACUGUGGUGAGGAGCAUUGGGGAACGUUUCAGCCCAAUUCGAGGUCCUCCAAUUACUGAGGCAUAUGUAACAGAUGUUCUGUACAGAGUAAUGCGAUGUGUGACGGCUGCAAACCAAGUGUUUUUUUCUGAGGCUGUGUUGACAGCUGCUAAUGAGUGUGUUGGUGUUUUGCUCGGCAGCUUGGAUCCUAGCAUGACUAUACAUUGUGACAUGGUUAUUACAUAUGGAUUAGAUCAACUGGAGAAUUGCCAGACUUGUGGUACAGAUUAUAUCAUCUCAGUCUUGAAUUUACUCACAUUGAUUGUUGAACAGAUAAAUACAAAACUGCCAUCAUCAUUUGUAGAAAAGCUAUUUAUACCAUCAUCUAAACUACUAUUUUUGCGUUAUCAUAAAGAAAAAGAGGUUGUUGCUGUAGCCCAUGCUGUUUAUCAAGCAGUGCUCAGUCUGAAGAAUAUUCCUGUUUUAGAGACUGCCUAUAAAUUAAUUUUGGGAGAAAUGACUUGUGCCCUAAACAAUCUGCUACAUAGUCUACAACUUCCUGAUGCCUGUUCUGAAAUAAAACAUGAGGCUUUUAAGAAUCAUGUUUUCAAUGUAGACAAUGCAAAAUUUGUAGUUAUAUUUGACCUUAGUGCUCUGACUACAAUUGGAAAUGCUAAAAACUCACUGAUAGGGAUGUGGGCCCUGUCUCCAACUGUGUUUGCUCUCCUGAGUAAGAAUCUGCUGGUUGUGCACGGCGAGCUGGCUGUCCAUUUCCCUGCCAUUCAGUACGCGGUGCUCUACACGCUGUACUCGCAUUGUACCAGGCAUGACCACUUUAUAUCUAGUAGUCUUAGUUCAUCAUCCCCGUCCUUGUUUGAUGGUGCCGUUAUUAGUACUGUAACUACAGCUACAAAAAAACAUUUCUCGAUUAUCUUAAAUCUCCUGGGGAUAUUGCUUAAGAAAGAUAAUCUUAACCAGGACACAAGGAAACUGUUAAUGACCUGGGCUUUGGAAGUGGCUGUUUUAAUGAAGAAGUCUGAAACAUACGCACCUUUAUUCUCUCUUCCAUCUUUCCAUAAAUUUUGCAAAGGCCUUUUAGCCAACACUCUUGUUGAAGAUGUGAAUAUCUGUCUGCAAGCAUGCAGCAGUCUACAUGCACUGUCCUCUUCCUUACCGGAUGAUCUUUUACAGAGGUGUGUUGAUGUUUGCCGUGUUCAACUAGUCCAUAGUGGAACUCGUAUUCGACAAGCAUUUGGAAAGCUAUUGAAGUCAAUCCCUUUAGAUGUUGUCUUGAGCAAUAAUAAUCACACAGAAAUUCAAGAAAUUUCUUUAGCAUUAAGAAGUCACAUGAGUAAAGCACCAAGUAACACAUUCCACCCACAAGAUUUCUCUGAUGUUAUUAGUUUUAUUUUGUAUGGAAACUCUCAUAGAACAGGGAAGGACAAUUGGUUAGAAAGAUUGUUCUACAGCUGCCAGAGAUUGGAUAAACGUGACCAAUCAACGAUUCCCCGCAAUCUUCUAAAGACAGAUGCUGUCCUCUGGCAGUGGGCUAUUUGGGAAGCAGCACAGUUCACUGUCCUUUCUAAGCUGAGGACCCCACUUGGCAGAGCUCAGGAUACCUUCCAAACAAUUGAAGGUAUCAUUAGAAGUCUUGCAGCUCACACAUUAAACCCCGAUCAAGAUGUUAGUCAGUGGACAACUGCAGACAAUGACGAAGGCCACAGUAGCAACCAGCUUAGACUUGUGCUUCUUCUGCAGUAUCUGGAAAACCUGGAGAAGUUAAUGUAUAAUGCAUAUGAAGGAUGCGCCAAUGCAUUAACAUCGCCUCCCAAGGUCAUUAGGACUUUUUUCUAUACCAAUCGCCAAACUUGUCAAGACUGGCUGACUCGGAUCCGACUCUCCAUCAUGAGGGUUGGAUUGUUGGCAGGCCAGCCUGCUGUGACAGUGAGACAUGGCUUUGAUUUGCUUACAGAAAUGAAGACAAAUCCAUCUCAGGGAAAUGAAUUGGAAGUAACUAUCAUGAUGGUGGUAGAAGCAUUGUGUGAACUUCAUUGUCCUGAAGCUAUACAGGGAAUUGCUGUCUGGUCAUCUUCGGUUGUUGGAAAAAAUCUUCUCUGGAUUAAUUCAGUGGCCCAACAGGCUGAAGGGAGGUUUGAAAAGGCCUCUGUGGAGUACCAGGAGCACCUGUGUGCCAUGACAGGUGUCGAUUGCUGCAUCUCUAGCUUCGACAAAUCCGUUCUCACAUUAGCUAAUACCGGGCGUAAUAGUGCCAGCCCCAAGCAUUCUUUGAAUGGUGAAUCCAGAAAAACUGUGCUGUCCAAACCAACUGAUUCUUCUCCUGAGGUUAUAAAUUAUUUGGGAAAUAAAGCAUGUGAGUGCUACAUUUCAAUUGCUGAUUGGGCUGCUGUGCAGGAGUGGCAGAAUGCUAUCCAUGACUUGAAAAAGAGCACCAGUAGCACUUCUCUCAACCUAAAGGCUGAUUUCAACUACAUAAAAUCACUAAGCAGUUUUGAAUCUGGAGAAUUUGUUGAAUGCACAGAACAACUAGAAUUGUUACCAGGAGAAAAUAUCAGUCUACUUGCUGGAGGAUCAAAAGAAAAAAUAGAUAUGAAAAAAUUGCUUCCUAACAUGUUAAGUCCAGAUCCAAGAGAACUUCAGAAAUCCAUUGAAGUUCAAUUGUUGAGAAGUUCUGUUUGUUUGGCAACUGCUUUAAACCACAUAGAACAAGAUCAGAAGUGGCAGUCUAUUACUGAAAAUGUGGUGAAGUACUUGAAGCAAACCUCCCGCAUAGCUGUUGGACCACUGAGACUUUCUACUUUAACGGUUUCCCAGUCUCUGCCAGUCCUAAGUACUUUACAGCUAUAUUGCUCUUCUGCUUUGGAGAACACAGUUUCCAACAGACUUUCCACAGAGGACUGUCUUAUUCCACUCUUCAGUGAAGCUUUGCGUUCAUGUAAACAGCAUGAUGUCAGGCCAUGGAUGCAGGCAUUAAGAUACACGAUGUAUCAGAGUCAGUUGUUGGAGAAAAUUAAAGAACAAACAGUUCCAAUUAGAAGCCAUCUCAUGGAAUUAGGUCUAACAGCAGCAAAAUUUGCUAGAAAACGGGGGAAUGUGUCACUUGCAACAAGAUUGCUGGCACAGUGUAGUGAGGUUCAGCUGGGAAAGACCACCACUGCACAGGAUUUAGUCCAGCACUUUAAAAAACUAUCAGCCCAAGGUCAAGUGGAUGAAAAAUGGGGGCCUGAACUUGACAUUGAAAAAACAAAACUGCUGUAUACAGCAGGCCAGUCAACACAUGCAAUGGAGAUGCUGAGUUCCUGCGCCAUCUCUUUCUGCAAGUCUGCCAAGGCUGAGCAUGCUGUUGCCAAGUCAAUUCUGACGUUGGCUAAAUGGGUCCAGGCAGAGUGGAAGGAGAUCUCAGGGCAGCUGAAGCAGGUUUACAGAGCUCAGCAGCAGCAGAACUCCACGGGCCUUUCCACUUUGUCUAAAAACAUACUCACUCUAAUUGAGCUACCAUCUGGGAAUGCGAUGGAGGAAGAGUAUCCUCGCAUAGAGAGUGAAUCUACAGUACAUAUUGGAGUUGGGGAACCUGACUUCAUCUUGGGACAGCUGUAUCACCUAUCUUCAGUACAGGCACCUGAAGUAGCCAAAUCUUGGGCUGCAUUGGCUAGUUGGGCUUACAGGUGGGGCAGAAAGGUGGUUGACAAUGCCAGUCAGGGAGAAGGUGUUCGUCUAUUGCCUAGAGAGAAAUCUGAAGUUCAGAAUCUGCUCCCAGACACCAUAACUGAAGAAGAAAAAGAGAGAAUAUAUGGUAUUCUUGGUCAGGCUGUGUGUCGCCCAGCGGGGAUUCAGGAUGAAGAUAUAACGCUUCAGAUCACAGAAAGUGAAGAUAAUGAGGAAGAUGACAUGGUCGAUGUUAUCUGGCGUCAGUUAAUAUCAAGUUGCCCAUGGCUUUCAGAACUUGAUGAAAGUGCAACAGAAGGAGUUAUUAAAGUGUGGAGGAAAGUUGUGGAUAGAAUCUUCAGCCUGUAUAAACUGUCCUGCAGUGCAUAUUUUACUUUCCUUAAACUCAAUGCUGGGCAGAUUCCUUUAGAUGAAGAUGACCCUCGGCUCCAUUUAAGUCACAGAGUGGAGCAGAGCACAGAUGACAUGAUUGUGAUGGCCACGUUGCGGUUGCUCAGAUUGCUUGUGAAGCAUGCUGGGGAGCUUCGGCAGUAUCUGGAACAUGGCUUGGAAACAACACCUACUGCGCCAUGGAGAGGAAUUAUUCCACAGCUUUUCUCACGCUUAAACCACCCUGAAGUGUAUGUGCGCCAGAGUAUCUGUAACCUCCUCUGCCGUGUGGCUCAGGAUUCCCCGCAUCUCAUACUGUAUCCUGCAAUAGUGGGCACCAUAUCACUUAGUAGUGAGUCACAGGCUUCAGGAAAUAAAUUUUCCUCUGCAAUUCCAACUCUACUUGGCAAUAUUCAAGGAGACGAGCUGCUGGUUUCUGAAUGUGAGGGAGGAAGUCCUCCUGCUUCUCAAGAUAGCAAUAAGGAUGAACCUAAAAGUGGACUGAAUGAAGACCAAGCCAUGAUGCAGGACUGCUACAGCAAAAUUGUAGAUAAACUGUCCUCGGCAAACCCAACUAUGGUGUUACAGGUUCAGAUGCUUGUGGCUGAGCUGCGCAGGGUCACUGUUCUCUGGGAUGAGCUCUGGUUGGGAGUUCUGUUACAGCAGCACAUGUAUGUCCUGAGACGAAUUCAACAGUUGGAAGACGAGGUGAAGAGAGUCCAGAACAACAACACCUUACGCAAAGAAGAGAAAAUUGCAAUCAUGAGGGAAAAGCACACAGCUUUGAUGAAGCCCAUCGUGUUUGCUUUGGAGCAUGUGAGGAGCAUCACGGCGGCCCCUGCAGAAACACCUCAUGAAAAGUGGUUUCAGGAUAACUAUGGUGAUGCAAUUGAAAAUGCUCUAGAAAAACUGAAAACACCGUCAAACCCUGCAAAGCCUGGAAGCAGCUGGAUUCCGUUUAAAGAGAUAAUGCUGAGUCUGCAACAGAGGGCGCAGAAACGCGCAAGCUACAUCUUGCGUCUUGAAGAAAUCAGCCCGUGGCUGGCUGCCAUGACCAGCACUGAGAUUGCUCUUCCUGGAGAGGUCUCAGCCAGAGACACCGUCACGAUCCACAGUGUUGGUGGAACCAUCACAAUCUUACCUACUAAAACCAAGCCAAAGAAGCUCCUCUUUCUAGGAUCAGAUGGGAAGAGCUAUCCUUAUCUUUUCAAAGGAUUGGAGGAUUUACAUCUGGAUGAGAGAAUAAUGCAAUUUCUGUCUAUUGUAAAUACCAUGUUUGCAACAAUCAAUCGCCAGGAAACACCUCGUUUCCAUGCUCGCCACUAUUCUGUAACACCACUGGGAACUCGGUCAGGCCUAAUCCAGUGGGUGGAUGGAGCCACGCCCUUAUUUGGUCUUUACAAGCGGUGGCAACAACGGGAAGCUGCCUUGCAAGCACAAAAGGCCCAAGAUUCCUACCAAACUCCUCAGAAUCCUGGAAUUGUACCCCGUCCUAGUGAACUUUAUUAUAGUAAAAUUGGUCCUGCUUUGAAAGCAGUUGGACUUAGUCUGGAUGUGUCCCGACGGGAUUGGCCCCUUCAUGUAAUGAAGGCAGUGUUAGAAGAGUUAAUGGAGGCCACACCCCCAAAUCUCCUUGCUAAAGAGCUUUGGUCAUCAUGUACCACCCCUGAUGAGUGGUGGAGAGUCACACAGUCUUAUGCCAGAUCUACUGCAGUCAUGUCUAUGGUUGGAUACAUAAUUGGCCUUGGAGAUAGACAUCUGGAUAAUGUUCUCAUAGAUAUGACGACUGGAGAAGUUGUUCACAUAGAUUACAAUGUUUGCUUUGAAAAAGGUAAAAGCCUUAGAGUUCCUGAGAAAGUACCUUUUCGAAUGACACAGAACAUUGAAACCGCACUGGGUGUAACUGGAGUAGAAGGUGUUUUUAGGCUUUCGUGUGAGCAGGUUCUACACAUUAUGCGGCGUGGCAGGGAGACUUUGCUGACGCUGCUAGAGGCCUUUGUAUAUGACCCCCUGGUGGACUGGACAGCUGGGGGUGAGGCUGGGUUUGCUGGUGCCGUCUAUGGUGGAGGGGGCCAGCAGGCUGAGAGCAAGCAGAGCAAGAGAGAGAUGGAACGAGAGAUCACUCGCAGCCUUUUUUCUUCGAGAGUAGCUGAAAUUAAGGUGAACUGGUUUAAAAACAGGGAUGAGAUGCUGGUUGUACUUCCCAAGCUGGACAGCAGUUUAGAUGAAUACCUGAGCUUGCAAGAGCAACUAACAGAUGUGGAGAAACUUCAGGGCAAACUGCUGGAAGAAAUUGAAUUUCUAGAAGGAGCUGAAGGAGUGGAUCAUCCUUCUCAUACUCUGCAACACAGGUAUUCUGAACACACUCAACUGCAGACUCAGCAGAGAGCUGUUCAGGAAGCAAUCCAGGUGAAGCUGAAUGAGUUUGAGCAGUGGAUAACACACUAUCAGGCUGCAUUCAGUAACCUGGAAGCGACGCAGCUGGCCAGUUUGCUUCAGGAGAUAAGCACGCAGAUGGACCUUGGUCCUCCCAGCUAUGUGCCGGCAACAGCCUUUCUGCAGAAUGCUGGCCAGGCCCACUUGAUUAGCCAGUGUGAGCAGCUAGAGGGGGAGGUCGGCGCCCUCCUGCAGCAGAGGCGCUCGGUCCUGCGAGGCUGUCUGGAGCAGCUGCAUCACUACGCAACCGUUGCUCUGCAGUAUCCAAAGGCCAUAUUUCAGAAACAUCGAAUUGAGCAGUGGAAGACCUGGAUGGAAGAGCUCAUCUGUAAUACCACAGUAGAACGCUGUCAGGAACUCUACAGGAAAUAUGAAAUGCAGUAUGCGCCCCAGCCACCCCCAACGGUGUGUCAGUUCAUCACGGCCACUGAGAUGACCCUGCAGCGGUACGCAGCAGACAUCAACAGCCGACUUAUUAGACAGGUGGAACGCUUGAAACAGGAAGCUGUCACUGUACCUGUUUGUGAAGAUCAGUUGAAAGAAAUUGAACGUUGUAUCAAAGUUUUCCUUCAUGAGAAUGGAGAGGAAGGAUCUUUGAGUCUAGCAAGUGUUAUUAUUUCUGCCCUUUGUACUCUCACAAGGCGUAACCUAAUGAUGGAAGGUGCAGCGUCGAGUGCUGGAGAGCAGCUGGUUGAUCUUACUUCUCGGGAUGGAGCCUGGUUCUUGGAGGAGCUCUGCAGUAUGAGCGGAAAUGUCACAUGCCUGGUUCAGUUACUGAAGCAGUGUCACUUAGUGCCACAAGACUUAGAUAUUCCUAACCCCAUGGAAGCAUCUGAGGCAGUUCAUUUGGCUAAUGGUGUAUACACCUCACUUCAGGAAUUAAAUUCAAAUUUCCGGCAAAUCAUAUUUCCAGAAGCACUGAGAUGUUUAAUGAAAGGAGAGUACACAUUAGAAAGUAUGCUUCAUGAGCUGGACAGUCUUAUUGAGCAGACAACUGAUGGUGUUCCUCUGCAGACUCUAGUUGAAUCUCUUCAAGCCUAUUUAAGAAAUGCAGCUAUGGGACUUGAGGAAGAAACACAUGCUCAUUACAUCGAUGUUGCCAGAAUGCUUCAUGCUCAGUAUGGUGAAUUAAUCCAACCAAGAAAUGGUUCAGUUGAUGAAACACCAAAAAUGUCAGCUGGCCAGAUGCUUUUGGUAGCAUUUGAUGGCAUGUUUGCCCAAGUUGAGACUGCUUUUGGCUUAUUAGUUGAAAAGCUAAAUAAGAUGGAAAUUCCUAUAGCUUGGCGAAAGAUUGACAUUAUACGGGAAGCCAGGAGCACUCAGGUCAAUUUUUUUGAUGAUGAUAAUCACCGACAGGUGCUGGAAGAGAUCUUCUUUCUGAAACGACUACAGACAAUUAAGGAGUUCUUUCGGCUCUGUGGUACCUUUUCUAAAACUUUGUCAGGAUCAAGUUCACUUGAAGAUCAGAAUACUGUAAAUGGGCCUGUACAGAUUGUCAAUGUGAAAACCCUUUUUAGAAACUCUUGUUUCAGUGAAGACCAGAUGGCCAAACCAAUAAAGGCAUUCACAGCUGACUUUGUGCGGCAGCUCCUGAUUGGACUCCCGAACCAAGCCCUGGGCCUCACACUGUGCAGCUUCAUCAGUGCUCUAGGAGUAGACAUCAUUGCACAGGUGGAGGCGAAGGAUUUUGGUGCUGAAAGCAAAGUUUCUGUUGAUGAUCUGUGUAAGAAAGCAGUGGAGCACAACAUCCAGGUCGGGAAGUUCUCUCAGCUGGUCAUGAACAGGGCGACUGUGCUGGCGAGUUCCUAUGACACUGCCUGGAAGAAGCACGACUUGGUGCGCAGGCUGGAGACCAGCAUCUCCUCCUGCAAGACAAGCCUGCAGCGCGUUCAGCUGCAUAUCGCCAUGUUUCAGUGGCAGCAUGAAGAUCUCCUUAUCAAUAGACCACAAGCCAUGUCCGUCACCCCUCCCCCUCGUUCUGCCAUAUUAACCAGCAUGAAAAAGAAACUCCAUACUCUGAGCCAGAUUGAAACUUCAAUUGCAACAGUUCAGGAGAAACUGGCAGCACUUGAAGCAAGUAUUGAACAGCGACUCAAGUGGGCAGGUGGUGCCAACCCUGCCCUGGCACCUGUACUACAGGAUUUUGAGGCAACAAUAGCUGAGAGAAGAAAUCUUGUCCUUAAGGAGAGCCAAAGAGCAAGUCAGGUCACGUUCCUCUGCAGCAAUAUCAUUCAUUUUGAAAGUUUACGAACUAGAACUGCAGAAGCCUUAAACCUGGAUGCUGCAUUAUUUGAACUAAUCAAACGGUGUCAGCAAAUGUGUUCAUUUGCAUCACAGUUUAACAGUUCAGUCUCUGAGUUAGAGCUUCGUUUAUUACAGAGGGUGGACACGACUCUUGACCAUCCUAUUGGCAGCUCUGAAUGGCUUUUGUCAGCACACAAACAACUGACCCAGGAUAUGUCUACUCAGAGGGCAAUUCAGACAGAGAAAGAGCAACAAAUAGAAACAGUCUGUGAAACAAUUCAGAAUCUGGUUGAUAAUAUAAAGACUGUGCUCACUGGCCAUAACCGGCAGCUUGGAGAUGUCAAACAUCUCCUGAAAGCAAUGGCCAAGGAUGAAGAAGCUGCUCUGGCAGAUGGUGAAGAUGUUCCCUAUGAAAACAGUGUUAGGCAGUUCCUGGGUGAAUAUAAAUCAUGGCAAGACAACAUUCAGACAGUGCUGUUUACAUUAGUCCAAGCCAUGGGUCAGGUUCGAAGUCAAGAACAUGUUGAAAUGCUCCAGGAAAUAACUCCCACCUUGAAAGAACUGAAAACGCAAAGUCAGAGUGUCUAUAAUAAUUUAGUGAGUUUUGCAUCACCCUUAGUCACUGAUGCAACAAAUGAAUGUUCGAGUCCAACAUCGUCUGCUACUUAUCAACCAUCCUUUGCUGCAGCAGUCCGAAGCAACACUGGCCAGAAGACUCAGCCUGAUGUCAUGUCACAGAAUGCUAGAAAGCUGAUUCAGAAAAAUCUGGCUACAUCAGCAGAUACUCCACCAAGCACCAUUCCGGGAACUGGCAAGAGUGUUGCUUGUAGUCCUAAAAAGGCCGUCAGAGACCCUAAGACUGGAAAAGCCGUGCAGGAGAGGAACUCGUAUGCAGUGAGCGUGUGGAAGAGAGUGAAAGCCAAGCUAGAGGGCAGAGAUGUUGAUCCGAGUAGGAGGAUGUCAGUUGCUGAACAGGUUGACUAUGUCAUUAAGGAAGCAACUAAUCUAGAUAACUUGGCUCAGCUGUAUGAAGGUUGGACAGCCUGGGUAUGA